UUGACUGACCUCCGGCCCUGGGUACUGCCGAAACUGCAGCUUAAAAUUUCACCCCACCACACCUGGAAGAAUCCAAAUACUACCUACUAUUUUCCCUUAUCAAGAGCGAAGUGCUGUGAAGCCGCUCAUUCAAUAGAAGCUCAAUACUCAACUGCUCAUUCCUAAAUUUCAUUAUAAACCAAGAAAUUGAAGCCAUCCGAAGAUGCCCACACUGAAUUUGUUCACAAAUGUCCCAGUUGAUGCCGUGGUUGCUUCUGAUAUUCUCAAAGAUGCUACCAAAGCCGUCGCCAAAAUAAUCGGCAAACCAGAAUCGUAUGUAAUGGUACUGGUUAAUGGAGGGGUGCCAAUUUCAUUUGGUGGGACUGAAGAGCCAGCGGCUUAUGGUGAGUUGAUCUCCAUUGGGGGUCUUGGUCCAAGUGUCAAUGCCAAACUUAGUGCAACCAUUGCCGAGAUUCUGCAAACCAAGAUGUCUAUUGAGAGCUCCCGGUUCUACAUCAAGUUUUAUGAUGUUCAGCGCCCAUUCUUUGGGUUCAACGGCUCAACUUUUUGACUGGAGUGAACUCACUGGGCACUUAUGGUGGUUUGAGAAUUGAACCUUUAUACAUUAAUUGGAGAAGACGAGUUGGAUUGUAGUUUCUAUCCCCUCUCAGAGAUAGACAUGUUCCUCUAGUAAAUUUGGUCAUAUUUGUUCGAUCUUAAGUGUCAAGUUCACUUUUUAUUUGUUCCGCACCUUGUAGAAUUGAUGUCUUAGAGUUCUUUUCUGUACUUUGUUUUAUUCAAUGAUGAACAGAACCAUUGCACUAAAUUGGAUUGCUCAUUUAGUAUUUACUCAGCGAUUGAGUUUA